CUUCCACGAAGUUGGAUUGAUUGUUCUUUUCCUUGGUGUUAAUUUCCUAUUUAAAUGUUUAUGUCAAACCUUUGACCGAUAAUUUAAAUAGUAAGGAUGGACGAUGACGAUGAUGAUUUUGGCGACUUUGGUGGAUUUGAGGCAGCUGAUCCUGCAUUUCCAGUUGUUGAUGAAAUACAGCCAAGUGUGGAAGCAGGCCCUUCUCCCUGGGCGAUAUUAGACACAGCUGCUCGGAGUCAGGUUGGAAUGCGACCAGACUUAUUGUGUGUGCAGAACCAGUUCCCUCCAGUUUUGGAUCCUACAGUUCCAACCCAGCUGUCCAAUGGAGAUGUGUCAAACAAUCAGGAACUGGCCACUCCCCCUCAGGAGUUCCCCCCUGCCCUGGACAGUCCCAAUAAUAAUGCAGCAUCCAUAGUAAAUGACAUUCUGGAUGGCAGUUUCAAUCGAACAGCUGAGCCUAAUUCUCAGAAUUCUCAUCCAAAUGGAGAAGCCAGUGCCCCUGUUGUACCUGACAUUCAGGAAACAAAUGGUAUAGAGACUUCCAAAUCUGAAACAUUCCAAUCCCACAAUUCUCAAACAGGAAAUAGUGAAGAGCUUUCAUUGCCAGUCCAGAGACAAGAGUCUGCUGCUCAAGCAGAACAGAGCAGCACAUCCCAGGCAUUCCAGGUGCACACCUCUACAACAAAAGAUAAUGAUGCCAGAUUAGGAGGCGAAUUAAAUGUUGUUGAGAUGGAAGUUCCCCAGAAACCAGAUACUAAUGUUGUAGUGCCCCCUGUUCUCUCUCAUAAUGCUCGGCCUGUUGAGCAGCAACUGUGUCUCAGGCAAAUUCAGCAGGAAUCUACAAAUGCAGUCCAAAGUGUUGUACAGGAAUACAAGACCUUAAUGCAAUCCAGCUUACAGAAUCACGAAGAGUCAGUCAAUAGCCUUCUCCAGAAAAACAGCAAAGAGAGACAACUCCAGCUAGAGUUAGCAAUAGCUCAACAGAAUAAAGAUGUGGAAACUGCUCUACAGGAAAUGAGACAAAGCCUCAAAGAAGAAUUUGAAAAUAUUGCUCAAGAAUCCAUUCAAAAUUUUAAGGAUGAAAUGAAAGAAACAUUAGAAAGGGAGAAGAAACAGAUACUGGAAGAAAUGCAAUUGGAUUUACAGAAGGAAAAGGAUUGCAUUAAUGAUCUUGUACAGGAAGCAGUCACAGCAGAACGGGAACGAGGUGCACAGCAAUUGGCAGACCAAAAGGAUCAGUUCCUCCAGCUUAUAGGGGAAGCAAGACAAGAAUCUCUCAGCCAAACCCAGAAUUUACUGGAGCAAGAAAGGAAACAGUUUCAGGAAAAGCUAAAACAGCAUUUGGAGGAAGAGAGGAAAUCUCAUAAGGAGUCUAUGGACCGUGUCAUUGAAUUUGCCAAUCAAGAAAUGCGGACAUAUCUACAGCAGAAUCGACAGAUGGAUAGACAAUUGCACCAAAGACAGCAUGCUAGCUUGGAUGUGUUCUUAAAUAGUGCCAGGCAACAGUUAAAACUCUUGAUGGAAAAUGAUACCAUGUUACCUAGUGAAGGAGAGUGCGGGGAAGAAAAAAGUAACACAGAAGGAAAAGACUCCUCAAAUGAUACAUGAUGAUUCAACUCACUGUCUGUAUGUGAAAUUAAACAGGCUUUUUCAAAUAUGAAGACUAAAUGGAUAUUUAAUUUGAUUUGUUCAUACUGUCAAAUAUAAUCUAUAUGUUAUUUGCUUAUUAAGGGUGGUAUUUUGAAUAAGCAGCUUUUUUAAAAAAUGUUACAGUACUUUGUAUAGAAAAGUUUUUAUUUUACUUUU